AUACUUCUGUAGCGUCUUUUAUCUAUGGGCAAACUCGCAUUUGUAAAACAAAUCUUUCUUCUCAUUUUGUAAUUUGUAUUUUAUGUAGGCGCAUCUAGCCAAUGCCCAGUAGGCAGCCAGACAGGCGUCUGAAUGUAGUGUUCUACGCGUGUGAUGAUUUAAUGACAAUUUUUUUAUAUAAUAGAUAAUUAUUAAUUUGGUGAUUGCUUAUGAUUGAUUAUAUGAUUUUGUCUCGGACGUUUUCUUUGUAACAAUUAAUAUCAGUUUUUUUUCUCAUCACGAAAUGUUUACAAAUACUAUUUCACUUGUGUAAGUCUUAAUUUGUGCAACGGGCUUCUAAAAUUAUUGCUUAUAAAUCGGUUACUUUAGAGUUCAUGAUGCCGACGGACUCUGAAUGCGAGUGUGACUUAGUGUCUAAGGAGUGGCUGCUAGCAAAGUUGCGAUCGGACGAGAGAGACACUAUCCUGAUAGAUUGCCGUGGAUCAAAUGAGUAUGCUGUGUCGCAUAUACGGUCAGCAGUAAAUUUCUCGAUACCGAGUAUAAUGUUAAGGAGAUUAGCUGCCGGAAAGAUAGAGUUGGCAUCAACCGUUCAGUGCAAGGAAUUAAAGGCGCGAAUUACACAUUGUUGUUCGAGAGGAACUUUUGUGCUGUACAGUGAUGGAGCAACUCGGGAACCUGACUCGGUCCAUGGCAUCUUGCUGAAGCGACUUAAACAAGACGGAGUGCAAGUUGUGUGCCUAGAAGGUGACUUCGCGGAGUUUCAUCGGACAUAUCCCGAGUGGUGCAGCGAAGCGGGCGGUCAGCAUCUGCCUCAUUUGCCACUCAUGGGACUGCGGUCGCUGCGCAUCUCGGGCGCGGGAUGCGACGAGGCGCUGUCUUCGGGGUCGUCUUCGGAGUGCGAAGAGACGCACGCGCCGCAAGACUUCCCCGUCGAGAUCCUGCCCAAUCUCUUCCUCGGAAAUUCCGCUAACAGCGAGGACUGCGAGGCGCUCGCCCGCCACAACAUUAAGUAUGUGCUGAACGUGACCCCCGACCUGCCCAACACGUUCGAGCAGGGAUGCGGCAUCAGCUACCUCAAGAUCCCCAUUGCAGACCACUGGAGCCAGAAUCUGUCGGUGCACUUCCCGCAGGCCAUUCACUUCAUCGAAGAGGCGAUGUCGGCCGGCUGCGGCGUGCUGGUGCACUGCGUGGCCGGCGUGUCCCGCUCCGUGACCGUGACGCUGGCCUACCUCAUGCAGCGGCACCGGCUUUCGCUGCGGGACGCCUUCGAGCUGGUGCGCUCGCGCAAGACGGACAUCGCGCCCAACUUCCACUUCAUGCGGCAGCUGCACUCGCUGGAGCGGGACCUGGGCCUGCACGAGCGCUCCGCCCCUCUGAGUAAGGUGCUGGAGGAGACGGGCGCGCGUGAGCCCGCCGAGCGCUGCGGCUGCGUCGGCGCCGUAGGCGUCUCGCCCGACUCCGGCAUCGAGUUCGACCGCUGGAGCGCCGCCCGCGACACGCCGCGCUGACCCUUCGCCCCCCGCUCCCCGCGCUCCCCGAGGGACGCCUGUCCUCCGUGAGGACGCCUCGUCGCUUUUGUAUUUAGCUGAAGUCACUAGGUGACACCGUCUGUUGCGCGGGAAGACCGGAAGACGGAUGCCGUACGAAGCGAUGUUUUGUUAUUCCAUUAUUUCUCUCAUUAGCCAACCUGCAGACCGUCCGGAUACAUUUCUCUGUUUCAUUCGAAAAUAAACAAAAUAAUUUUAAUAAUAUUCUAUUUUAUGUAAUUUUAUUGAAUUGCAGAAUUGUAUGUAUUAAAUAGCAUCGGCCGCGCGCGCAUCCGUCUUCCGUCCGGGCGAUGACGAGUUCCGAUGCAUUGAAAGGAUAUAUUUUUAAUUAACGGAGUGCUUCUGACGAUUCUUCCACUGUUGUCGCGUGUUCCUCGAGGUACAGUCGCCGCGUAAAGGCCGCCGAUUCAUUCCGUUCGCCCGCGCGGUGCGCGUCUGUACCUCAUCAGUUCGUCUCUUUAUUUUAUUCGAGAGUAUAUUGACAAAUAUAGAUAGAAAGUUUAUUUUUUUACUCGUGUUCCUCAAUUCGAUCGUGGGAAAUGCCACACCCGUCGACGAAUGUAUUUUAGCCAAUUCUAGGUUUCGCUAGUGAACAUGUAUUUUUGUAUUCCGACGACUGCGUUUCCCGUUUAAUAUAUUUUUCUAUCACAAAGUUAUACGAGUCGGUUCGUCUGUUACGUGUGUAAAUAAGACAAGCUUUAACGUUAAGUAUCUUAAUAAAGUAGUAAAUUGUUACAAAUUGUAAAUUUGUUAUAGUUUAAGAAAUAUUAUUGAGAUUCAGCUUUCCAUACUUUCCUCUCGAACGUCCGCACGGACUAGAUUCGAUUAUUGUUAUUAUUAUUAGGAAUAAAGCGGAGAGCGGACGUUCGAGCGUCCGGGCGACGCGACCUAUCAGAGCUCAGUUGCACGUUGUUAUUGAAUUAUAUAAAUUAGUGCACAAAGUCGCUCAGACCCGACGUAGCUCGUCACGUCACAGGUGACGAUAUUCUUGUACCCGUGUAUGAUUACAAUUUAAAAAUAUAUGUAUAGUACGUUGA